AUGCCCAUGCUCUACCCCGAAACAUACCUCCGCGUCUCCUUCAUCCCCAUCUCGGCGCCCUCGCUCGUAGCCGGCAUGUCCGGCGAGUCUGAGAAGAAGAUCCGCGAGAUCUUCGACGAGCGAAAGAAAAUGGCUCCCUGUCUUGUCUUCAUCGAUGAGAUCGACGUUAUCAUGGGGAAGCGUGAGAGCGCGCAGCGUGAGAUGGAGAAGCGUAUUGUUGCGCAGAUGCUGACGUGCAUGGACGACAUGGCGCUGGAGAAGACGGACGGGAAACCUGUCAUCAUCAUCGCUGCCACCAACAGACCCGACAGCAUUGACCCCGCGCUCCGCCGCGCGGGACGCUUCAACAAGGAAAUCAACCUCGGCCUCAUGUUACCCGAUGAAUUCGACUUCCUCAAGCUCGCCAAGAUGACUCCCGGUUUCGUCGGCGCGGAUCUCAAUGAUGUCGUCUCGGUCGCCGGCACAGAAGCGAUGAAGCGCAUGAUGACAGCUCUCAAGCAGCGCGUCGUAGACACCCCCCUAACUCCCCCAACGGCACUCACAACAGAUGUCAUGGAAAUCGAUAGCAUCCUCACUGCCGCCUCUACCUCCGCCACUACUACCACCUCCACCGACCUAACCGCACACCCGACCCCCCUCUCCGCCCCACUCCGCCUCCUCCGCAGCCUCGUCAAGCACGCCGGCGAAACACCCCCCGACGGAGACUUCUCAAUUACCUACUCCGAUUUCCUCGCCGCCAUCCCCAAAGUCCAGCCCUCCGCGCGCCGCGAGGGAUUCGCUACCAUCCCCGACACGACGUGGGCGCACAUCGGGGCUCUGCACACCGUGCGCGAGCAGCUGACUAUGGCCAUCAUCGAGCCCAUCCGUCGCCCCGCCGCCUUCGCGCGCGUGGGUAUCACAGCCCAACUGGUGUCUUACUCUGGGGACCGCCAGGGUGCGUCCGACAAGUCUUCGAGCGCGCGCGCUCCUCCGUCCCCUGCAUCCUAUUCUUCGACGAGCUGGACGCUCUCGUCCCCAAGCGCGAGGACUCGUUGUCUGAAGCAAGCAGCAAAGUCGUCAAACACGCUGCUCACCGAACUGGACGGCCUCAGCAGUCGCGCGGGCAUCUACGUCGUCGCCGCCACGAACAGACCGGACAUGAUCGACCCCGCGAUGCUGCGCCCGGGCCGCCUGGGGACGAGCGUCUUCAUCGACUUGCCGAAUGCCGAUGAGCGGGUCGAGAUUCUGCGCGCGCUGUAUGCGAAGGCACUGCCGGGGGCGGUGAUGGAGGGGUUGGAGGAGGUGGCGAGGGAUGGGAGGGCGGAGGGGUAUUCGGGGGCGGAUUUGGGGAAUUUGCAUCAGGCUGCUGCGGUGGCGGCGUUGAGGAGGGAUGGGGGACCGAGUGUGAAGGAUGCGGGGAAGUAUCGGAGGUUGAAGGAGAGGGGGAUGUAA